CUAAAAUGAAAAGGCAAAACCAAAGCUCUGUGGUUGAGUUCAUCCUCUUGGGAUUUUCUAACUUUCCUGAACUCCAAGAGCAGCUCUUUGGGAUCUUCUUGGUUAUUUAUCUGGUGACCCUGAUAGGAAAUGCCACCAUCAUCGUUGUCAUCUCCCUGGACCAGAGCCUUCAUGUUCCCAUGUACCUGUUCCUCCAGAACUUAUCUGUGGUGGAAGUGAGUUUCAGUGGAGUUAUUAUGCCUGAAAUGCUGGUGGUCCUCUCCACGGAGAAAGCGACUAUUCCUUUUGCUGGCUGUUUUGCGCAGAUGUAUUUCAUUCUUCUUUUUGGUGGGACAGAAUGUUUUCUCCUGGGGGCAAUGGCUUAUGACCGAUAUGUUGCAAUCUGCCAUCCUCUGAGCUACCCAAUGAUUAUGAACAAAAGGGUUUUUAUGAAAUUAGCUAUAUCCUCAUGGGCUUUAGGUUUCGUGGUUGCCACUCUGCAAACAUCAUGGGUUUUUAGUUUUCCUUUUUGUGGCCCCAAUGAAAUUAAUCAUCUUUCUUGUGAAACCCCUCCAGUGCUAGAACUUGCAUGUGCUGACACCUUCUUGUUUGAAAUGUAUGCGUUUACAGGCACUAUUUUAAUUGUCGUGGUCCCUUUCUUGCUGAUACUCUUGUCCUAUAUUCGAAUCCUCUUUGCCAUCCUGAAGAUGCCAUCAACCACUGGGAGGCAAAAGGCGUUUUCCACCUGUGCCUCUCAUCUCACAUCUGUGACCCUCUUCUAUGGCACAGCCAAUAUGACAUAUUUACAACCCAAAGCCAGCUACUCACCAGAAACCAAGAAACUGAUGUCAUUGGCUUACUCAAUGCUUACCCCUCUGCUGAAUCCACUGAUCUACAGCUUGCGAAACACUGAGAUGAAAAGAGCCUUGAUGAAAUUAUGGCAAAGAAAAAUGGUUUUACACAUAGUCUGACUGUUGAAAAAUCACGUGCUAUUUGGCCACUGCCCAACUGUCCUCUAUUUAAAUUUAAUAAAUGGUGUAAACAGAUUGCCUUCUUAGUAUGUCCAAAAACAAAACCCACUGCUGUUGAGUGGAUUUCGACUCAAAGAGACCCUAGAGGACACAGUAGAACUGCUCCAUAGGAUUUAUACGGAGUGACUGGUGGAUUCAAACUGCUGGCCUUUUCGUUGGCAGCAGAGCUCUUAACCACCGCACCACCAGGACUUCUUCGUGGUAUGAGUAUGUUUAAUUUGUUGAGUUCCUCAAGUCUGAUAACAUAUAAGGGGUAUUCCCCCUCUUUCAAUAAUAAAUUGUGGCCAUUCCUUUUCAUAGACAUAUAAUUUUCAUAUGUUGUUGUUUUAAUCAUUAGUUGUCAUGGAGUAGGCUCUGGCACAUGGCAACCUUAUGUAUGACAGAAUGAAACCUUGUCCCAUUCUGUGCCACCUCUGUGAUAGUUGAUAUGCUUGAGCCCAUUGUGUGGCUAUUGUGUAAUGUCUUUUAACCUAGGGCACUCAUCUUUCACCAUUAUGUCAGACAAUGUUCUAUUGCUAUCCAUAAGAUUUUCAUUUGUUAAUUUUUGGAAGUAGAUCACCAGACCUUUCUUUCUGGUCUGUCUUGGUCUAGAGCUCCACUGAGACCUGUCCACCUUGGGUAACCCUGCAGGUAUGUAAAAUACUGGUGGUAUAGCUUCCAGCAUCAUAGCACAGAAGCCACCACAGUAUGACAGACUGACAGAUGGGUGGUGGUAGCAUAUGAUACAACAGUUUAUUCACGCUUUCAUUUUUACGGACAUCCAGGUUGUUACUAGAGUGUUGCCAUUAGACAGUGCUUCAAUAAACACCUAGUUGCUUAUGUUCAUAUGUCCUGAUGCAUUUUAAUUCUAUAUGAUAGAUUUCUCAAAGUGAUACAUAUGGGGCAAUGAGUACAUGUGCUUAUAAAUUUUGGUGGCUAUUGGAGAAUUCUUUUUCAAAAUGAAUGUAAGUAGUCCAGACUUACCUGAUGACCCAUUCAGUUUCACUAACUGGAUAGAACUUCAAGAGACCUACAAACAGAGAUAAGGCUUUUACUUCUAGAGUGAAAAUCUGUUUCAUAAAUGAAUAAAAAUGUGCAGCUAUUUUUUGGGGGGAUGACCAAACUGGUUCUCAUUAAUGGACUUACACAGAUUAUAACCCAAAACUGUAUUUCUCUGUGUACGUGCCAAAUAUUCAUCCAAUAUUAGUGAGCAGAGAACAAAUAAGAACUUUCUCGAAAUCUCACUUGAUACUUGUCAAUGGAUUGAAUUAUGUCCCCCCAAAAAUGUGUGUAUCAAUUUGGGUGGGCCAUGAUUCCCAGUAUUGUGUGAUUGUCCUCCAUUUUGUGAUUGUAAUUUUAUGUCAAAGAGGAUUAGGGUGGAAUUGUAACACCCUUACUAAGGUCACAACCCUGAUCCAAAGUAAAGGGAGUUUCCCCAGGCUGUGGCCUGCACCACCUUUUAUCUUACAAGAGACAAAAGGAAAAGGAUGCAAGCAGAGAGUGGGGACCUCAUACCACCAAGGAAGCAGUGCUGGGAGCAGAGUGCAUCCUUUGGACCAGGGUCUCUGUGCAGAGAUUUGCCCAGACCAAGAGAAGAAUGAUGCAUCACAAGGACCUUCUUCCAGAGCUGACAGAGAGACAAAGCCUUUCCCUGGAGCUGACACCCUGAAUUUGGACUUCUAGCCUACUAAGCUGUGAGAAAAUAAAUUUCCCUUUGUUAAAGCCAUCCACCUGUGAUAUUUGUUAUAGCAGCACUAGAUGACUAAGACAAUAGUAAUGUUGUUUUUUUCCGUGUAUAGACUAUUGUUUUUGGAGACUUUCAUCUAAUUAUCCUUUGUAGGCCCAAAAUUCCCCAAACACAUCCUAAACAAUGAAUGAUUCUUUUUCUGCCUUCCUUUGGUCCUUUUUUUCUUCCUCUUUCCCUCCCUCCUUCCUGUCUUUCCUUCCUUCUUUUCGUGGGAAGCAAAUGUGAUUAACUGAUUGUUAUUUUCUGUGGUCCUUGAAUUACAACACUACUUGCACAACCUUUCCCAAAAUGAAUAACUUCAAAUCUUGCAACAUUUGGAACAUUUCAUGCUUGUUAACUAUUUUAAUA